AACGUGGUCGGAUUAUUUACACCGUUUACACCAUUAUUGUCCAUCAUGUCUUCAUUUCUGAUCAGAUCUUUGAUGUCUCACUGUCCAGAUGUUGACCAGACGCUGGAGGAACUGUGCUGGUCAGGUUCUUCCAUGCCUGAUCCAGAGAGAAUCGAAGCUCUUGGAUUGUUCCUGAGAGAGAUGAGCAGUAGAUCGCAGGAACGAAGCUGUCAGGUGGAACCAGUUCUGUGGAACCAGUGCGUCCCACUUUUGAAGAUGCUCUCCAGCGACGGUGUGGUCCAUCACGCCAGGAGGAAGGAGAUGCUGCAGGCUGCUUGCGAUCUUCUCGGCGUUUGUGUCCGACAGUGCGAAGCUGACGUUCUGGAGAAGAUCGCCGAUAUUGCUCUGCCUGCUCUGGAUCUGUCUGAGAAGUCUGAGAAGAUCCUGGAUGUUGACGUCGCCCUCGAGGUCCUAUCCGUCCUGCUUUCGUGUUGUUCUUCAAACCCUGGUUUGCUCAUGAGAUCCAUCUCAUGCACCCUGACGUCCUUGAAGGAACUUCCAGACCCAUUGGUGUCCAAGGUCAUCAUCCGUGUGUGGUUCCCAACCUUCAAAACAUCUGGAGAAGCCACCAGAGGAGACCUCCUGCAGCACAUCUGGACGGAUUUGCUGGGCUGGUACGAACAGCAGGACACAGAUGCGGGAACACCCCGAGUCCUGGUGUGUCUCACGGCUCUUUCUGACCACCUCUUUGCUCCUGGAGACGGUCAGGAAGCUUGGAAUGGACCGGACCCAUGUGCUGACCAGGCUUUCUUCAGGAUGCUUCAAGCCGGACUCGUAGACCCGGACGGUCUGUCCAGGAAGAGAGCGCUGUAUCUGCUGAAGAGGUGCGUCUCACUGGCCGAGGGACGCAACGCGCAUGUCGACGGGACGUUGUUCAGGUGGAGGCCGGGCAGUAGCGCGCGGUAUCGGAGGUUUUGGGAGGACUACGCGCUCGUCCUGGAGACGCUGGAGGAAUAUCAGAUUCACGUCGUUCGACCCGUUCUCAGCCGAAUCGACACUCUCGUCCAGGCAGCGGCAACAACAACCAGUCAAGGAGGUGAACUGCUCCAUCCCACGUGGUUGCUCUGUAUCUAUCGGCGCAUGUUCCACAGUGAGAACAAGGCGGUGGUGAAGGAGGGAGUCGGUCACUUCCUGGACCUUCGGCAGGCGUCCUUCGCCUCGGCGUUCUCCCCGGUCGUCGUGGGUCCCCUGAUGGACGUCCUGGCUGAGACGUCGCUCUACCACAGGUCGGCCGGAGAAGCUCUGGAGAAAUGUCCGGAGAUCGGAACGAAACUGCAGGACUUCCUGGCCACGUUCUUCAGCAGCCUGCCCGAGGACGAGCGCGGUUCGACGUUGCUGCGGCUGCUCCGGCGUCUGGGUUCCCGGCACUGGUACGCCGUGCCGCUGCUCUUCGUCUGCCGUGCCGUCUCCCACCUGCCGCCCCGCCCUCUCCUCGGAGCCGACGGCCUGCACGCUCUCAGAGAGCUGCUCCGCUCGGCUAUGAUCACUCACCAGGUUCCUCUGAGAAGAGCCACGCAGCGCUUCCUGCUCCACGCCGCCCUCCGCCUGACCGAUGUGACGGGCGUGUCUCUGGACGACGUCUUCGUGUUCCUGUCGCAUUUCCGGGCGGAUAAGUCCCUGCGUCGAGGCACCCGGCUCUGGAGAGAGGUCUGUGAUUGGCUGCUGGUCAACGAGCGGCUUUUCGGCGCCGCCGAGGCCUCUGAGGGCGCUCCGCCGCGGGACGUCUGGGCGCACUCCUCCCGCCGUCUGACGGACUACCUGUCGGUCCCGGCCAGCUCAGACGAGACGGUCACCCUCCCGAGCGCGGACGAAGCCGAACCGCUGGCCUGCGCCCUCCUCCUCUGCGCCGACCUGCCCGAAGGAGCCGAGCGCGGCGGCCUGGACCGGCUGCUGUCCCCUCUGCUGGACGUCCUGCGGCGCCUGGACUCGGGCGUCUACCUCCCGCUGCGCAAGAGCGACCGGAGCACGCGGCUCACGCUGCAACUCCUGCGGCUCAUCCAGGGGAACGAGGACGAGGUGGCGGGUAGGGUGAGGGCGCUGGUGGCGGGCGUGGCGGAACCCGUUCAGGAGUUCGUGCUCAGGCGGCUGAGCGGAGAGCUGCAGCAGCCGGAGGACGUGGACCGGGCGGGGCUGUACCUGUCCCUGCUACGAGCGCUCGUGAGGACGUGCAGCGCCGCGCCCGGGUACGUCUCCAACCUGGAGAAGAACUACGUCCCGAGGCUGGUCGCCAACUGCCUGAGGACGCUCACGGAGACGCCCGGUCAGAACCCCUCCAUGGCGGGGCAGGUGCAGAAAGCCGCCAGCAUGGCCGCGUUGGCGUCGCUGUGCCAGCUCGCCGAGGACCGCCUGUUGGACCCGGAGUCGGUCGCCGUGACGUCCCUGCGCUCGCUCGCCGCCGCCCUCUUCUGUUCGUCGUCGUCGCCGCAGCGAUUCAACCGGACCCUGGUGAAGCCUCACGCCCCGGCGGCGGCCGUCCCGGGGGGUCGGACGGACGACGGGCCGGCGCUGAAGGACUGGGGCCGGGUGGUGGCCGGAUUCAUCCGGGACCAGUGGGCGUGUCUGUGCUUUCUCCAGGACGUCCUCGACCCCCCGAGCUCCGCGGCGGCGUUCCGGGCGGCGGUCCAGGCUCUGGCCCUGCUCCCCUCCGACCUGGUGCUGCCGGUGCUGGACUUCAUGCGUUCGGCUUUACCGCAGAUGCUCCCGCACGAGGAGGCGGCGUGCGCCGAGGCGAUAUCGGUCUCCUGGAGGCUGGUCCGGGCGCUGGGCGUGAACGCUCAUGACUUCUGGCCCACCCUGCGUUCCUUCGUGCGGCUGGCUUUCCAGCGCCGCGUCCUGGAGCUGAAGGAGGACGGGAGGAGCGGCGGGGUGGCCUCCUGCGUACGACAGGUGAAGGACGAGCUGCUGGAACUCUCCCGGUCCAAAUCGGGCGUAUUUAACGUGCUGAUCCGGCACUGCUGCAGCACCUGGUACCCGCCCGACCCCGCCGGGCGCACGGGCGAGGCCUUCCGGAGCGCCCUCCGCCACGCGGACCUGCUGACCGAGGCCUGCGUGUACGGGCCGGUCUCCAGAAGAGAUCAGAGAGUCCUGCAGGAGGUGGAAACCUACGUGAGGAACCUGGAGACGGAGUGUGAAGCUGAAGCCACCCUACCCAGCGAGAGUCGGGACGAUCAGUUCCCGCGCGUUUGCGUCGUGACCUUCCUGAAUCGUCUGGAACCCUCCGACGACCUGCACCGGGCGCUGAUGGAGGAGCUGGUGCGGCGUCUGCUGAGAAAGGACGAGGACGUGUCGAGGUCGAAAGUGCGUUACUAUAGCAACUCUCUGCAGCAUCGGGUGAAGAACAGGGCGUGGCAGACGGUGCUGCUGCUGCUGCCCAAACUGAGGCCGGAGUUCGUGGCGGAGGGCGUGGUCGGCCCGGCGUGCGAGGCGGGGUUCCGCUGCAACCAGGCGUCCGUCAAGUAUCUCAUGGAAUGGGCUCUGAUCCUGAUCCUCCACCGGGACCCGUCUCAAAUCGAGCGCCUGUGGGGCUGCUUCGACGCGGAUCAGGAGAAGACCAGGACCAGCGUCUGCACCUUCCUGUCCGUCCUGGUCCACCUCGAGGUCUUCCUGCCCAGACUGGAGGACAAGGCCCGGCAGUGGCGGAGGGCCGUGGAGGUGAUCCUGCUCUGGUGCUUCAGUCACAACUUCAGCGUCCGUCUGUACGCCCUGCUGGCCCUGAAGAGGGUCUGGGCCCUGAGGGACGCUCCCGUCCUGGCCGGAUGUAGAGAGGGGGUCGCGGCGUCUCCGGACGGGCUGGCGGCGGUCGUGGAGGCGUGUCUGGAUCAAGCCGAGGCCGCGCAGAACACCGGCAAUGCCAACAAGAACUGGUCCAGAAUCCAGGAGCACUUCUUCUUCAGCCGCUUCCACCCCGUCCACGAUCACAGCCUCGAGACGAUAUUCCACGCCUUCCCGCGGCUGUCGGAGCUGGCGGACGACGAGUGCGUGCCCGCCUGGAAGUUCGGGACGUCGGCGGACCCGGGGCCCGGCGGCUCGGCCCCCGUGAGGAACCCGGGCGGCGGGCUGAGGGAGCUGCGGCCUGGGGACUGGAUCCAGCAGGACAGAGGCGACCCGGGGGCGGAGUCGGAGGCGGAGGCGCGGCGGGCGGACGUGCAGAAGAAGAUCGCCCCCUGGAGCCUGAGCGUGCGCGAGCAGGAGCCUCAGCUGACGGCGCAGCAGCGGGCGGCCCGUCUGGGCAAACCGGGCGGCGGCCUGCUGGUGGUCGCCUCGCUCAUCGACAAGCCCGCGAACCUCGGCGGUCUGUGUAGAACAUGCGAGAUCUUCGGAGCCAGCGCUCUGGUCCUGGGCGGCUCGCAUCACAUCAGCGACAGACAGUUCCAGGCCCUGAGCGUCUCGUCUGAGCUCUGGCUACCACUGCUGGAGGUCAAACCGAACGACCUCCCAGCGUUUCUACAGCAGAAGAAGAACGAGGGUUACUCCAUCAUCGGUGUGGAGCAGACGGCUAACAGCCAGAGUCUGGAAUCGUACCGGUUCCCACAGAAGAGCCUCCUGCUUUUAGGGAAUGAGAGGGAGGGGAUCCCCGCCGACAUGCUGCAGUGGCUGGACGUGUGCGUGGAGAUUCCUCAGCGGGGGGUGACGCGAUCGCUCAACGUGCACGUCAGCGCCGCCCUGCUGGUGUGGGAGUACACCCGGCAGCACUCGGCCCCGAACGAGGCUCUGCACUGACCCGGGGCCGAAAUGUCAUUGCACCCCACUCCUCGCAGAGUGUUUGCUGGUAUUUUCGCACAAGGAUCCCUGCAGGCGCCUGGCAACACCCCGGCGACACCCCGGCAACCGUUGGAAUACUACGGACAGUUUAAUACUUUGACUUGUUUCUCUUUGUAACCGAGUUGCUUUUGAUACCGAAUAACCUAUUAAAGACGUGAUCGUUUAUCAAA